AUUGAAAAUGUCUGCUUAAGGUGUUGUUGUAGGUUGAGGGCCAUGUCGGAAAUAUAUAAACUAACAGUUAAGGUUUUAAUUUUAGUAUUUUGAAUGCCAUUCGAGUAAUAAUAAUUGGUAUAAUGUAAUUUUUAGAAUGUAAUGAUGGGCAUAACAUAAAAUGUCUUCUUCGAGUGUCGGCACGGUUAUUAUAAAAACUUCGUGUACACAGUUGCUCAAAGAUAAUUUCGACCGAAUUUCCGUGUUAUAUUCCGCUCAGUUAAGUGAAAAAGUUGCCCAGGGACGAGAAAGUGAAGGAAUCACCAGAUUCGACGUGUUUCUGGCGGUCCCCGGAACUCAGGAUAGAAAACCAAGUCCCGACUUCGUAACCAGGUUACAGAAAUAUGUGGAUGAAAUAUGUCGAGAAGGUUGUUCGGGGGUGGUAACGGGUGAAGAUUCAAGCUACGAUUCCGAUUAUGAAGCAGAACCUUUGGCGAACCACCAAGAUGUGUCCAGGACGACUAGCGAUACUCUCGCAGCCGAAUAUUCUGACUAUGUCCAAACCGCCCCCGAACACACCCCAGGAUAUACAGCUAGAGUGGAGUUUGCGUUAAAACUGGGUUACACGGAGAAGCUUGUUCAAGCAGCCCUUUUAAAAUUAGGCCCGUCACCUGCUCAGAAUGAACUUCUGGCCGAAUUGAUAAAAUUGGGUGCCCAGAGGAGCAGUUCUUCUUGCGAUAGCAGCCCAACAGAUGGACCCACCGAUAUAGCAGCCGAGUUUCAAAGCGACCUUUCUACUGCUACCGGACAAGUGCUGAGGCCGAUUGUUAUCGAUGGAAGUAACGUUGCAAUGAGUCAUGGAAACAAAGAACUAUUUUCGUGUCGUGGUAUUAAGAUCGCGGUAGACUGGUUUAAGGCACGAGGACACAAAGACAUAACGGUGUUCGUUCCAAAAUGGCGAAAAGAAGCCCCGAGACCCGACAAUCCCGUCCGCGACCAGGAGAUCCUCGCUGAACUCGAAAAAGAACGUAUGCUGGUCUUUACCCCCUCCCGGUUCGUCGGAGGUAAGAGGAUGGUGUGUUACGACGAUCGAUAUAUUCUCAAACUAGCCGCAGAGGUCGAUGGGGUGGUUGUCAGUAACGAUAACUACCGCGACUUGUCCCAAGAAAAUGCAGAGUUUCGCAAAGUAGUAGAAGAACGCAUCCUAAUGUAUUCUUUUGUUAACGAUCGAUUCAUGCCUCCUGACGACCCCCUUGGACGUUCUGGACCAACACUGGACAAUUUCCUUCGUUGCCAACCGAAGAAAAGCGAACCGCCACCGCCGUGUCCCUACGCGAAAAAGUGUACGUAUGGUAACAAGUGCAAGUACCAUCAUCCAGAACGGGGUCCAUUACCGCACAAGAGCGUGACGGAGAGACUAAGUGAGCAUGCGCAGCGUCAUUUGCAAGCUCGUGAAGGGGAGACACGUAAGAUUCCUCUCGGUCGCACGCGAUCUAACGUGCCUCCCCCCAAAGAAACCACUCAACAUGCGGUCGUUUCAAAAAGUCGUAGUGUCGAUAAUGUGGGUGGUACGUAUCCGCCACCUCCGGCUGCUUCCGGGACCGAGAAUCUUCAUAAGAAACUACAAAGACAAUUAACGCUCAAUCCAAACUCUGACCCGCGGCUCGUACGAGCUCGUUUCCUCCCUCCACUGCAACACGGUGGUGCUGGUGCGUUACCGCAACAAUUACGUCCCUAUUUAACCCCCGGACACCCCAAUUGGGAAUUGCAUCAACACGUAACGCGUAUUGCCUCCGCACCUGAUUCGUACCGCGCUUGGCCCCCCAAUUCAGCUACAGCUGCGCAUGCGCAACAUGCAGCAGCUGCACAUAUGCAACGUGUGUCUAGCUGUUCAGACCCACAGCUGAACGUGUGGCCCCAUCAUUGGCCGCAUGCUGCAGGUGGAGCAGCUGCGCAUCCUAACAUACAGGAGGACGUUAGGAGAAAAUUACACUAUCAUCUGAGCGCCAUUUUUCCAGAGGAACAAGUAUCGCAGGCGAUGCAAAUGUAUCCGGAUGAGACGAACCCCCAGAAGAUCUGUGCAGCUAUUUUGGCUAUGUUCCCGUCAAAAUAACGAAACGGAGAAAAUGGAACAAUUAAGAAUGAAGCAUUUUUAUCAUGACAAUGACUACGAGUACGUGUUGCCUUGAAGAUUUGUUUAAUUCUGCAGUAAGAUGUAGUUUCUUUUUGAAAGAAGAAAGAGAAAAGGAGGCGUAACGAGGUAAGUGCCCAAUUGUUAGGUCCAAAUGAAAUGGAAUUACCUUUGGAAGAGUGACAAUGUUUAAAUGACAAAGUAUUUCAUUUGUUCUGUCUUUCAUAUCAACACUUAUUUUUUAUGAGAAGUAUAAUUAACAAAUCGUUUAAAAUGUGGUUCGACUUAAAUAUUUAUAGUCACUUUACUCUUAUUUUUUCGACAUUUAAAAUGCUACCAAGGUUGUGAAA